AUGCAUAAAAAUAAGAUGUUGAAAGAACCAGGCAAACCGAACGGUCCAGAUCCAACUAAAAAUACUAAUAAAUGUACGAACUCGCCAAGAUCAUUACAAAACAGGAAUACCAAGAACUUGUCUCUUCCAUUAGAAAUACCUGCGGUGUCCACUGGGAUAGCAUUAUCAACGUCGCCGACAUUGGGUUCGAUACCUGAACUGAAUACAACAUCUACAACCAGGCCAAUAUUAACGAGUACAGAAAGGCCCAAGAGCUCAACCUUGGAAAGGUUCAGUAGAGAUUGUAUAGCAAGACAGAACACUCAGAGGCCAACACUUUUAACUCGACGUAGUGAGGCUUCCAUUUAUAGUUAUCCAAGCAUCUCAAAGCCUGUAAUACCGUCUACAACUGACAAAAUUAGCAAAAUUAAUACUUUGGCAUUAUCCGUUAACACUAAGAGCCUGUCUAAAAAUAAUAGAACACGUUCUCAGACUGUGAGUGGGCUACAAACAUCUACCCCGGUUCUAUAUAAUAAGAAGGAAGCUGAUGCUAAGACACUUUGGGUAUUCCCUGAGAGGCAACAAAAUGACACGCAAAACAAUACAACCUUGGGUGUAGAGUAUCCUGAUGUUUUCAAGAAAAACGCAUAUCCAGACGGACCGUUAAUGGUGUUACCUCCAAAUAUAUAUCUUUAUUCCGAACCAACAUUACAUGAGAUUCUAGAAUUUGAUAUAGUGAUAAACGUCGCUGAAGAAAUUGAGAACCUCGGGAGAACACUACCUCCAAACAGUACUAUCCAAUAUUAUCACUUUGCAUGGUCACAUGUUUCAAAGAUAUCUGAAGAUUUAGAAGAAUUAACCAACAUAAUGCAUAAUGCUGCCUUGCAAGGAAAAAAAAUUCUAAUACAUUGUCAAUGUGGGGUAUCAAGGUCGGCUUCGUUAAUUGUUGCCUAUAUAAUGAGAUACGAAAAACUAGGUCUAAAUGAUGCCUACAAUAAAUUAAAGGAAACGGCACCAGACAUCAGCCCCAACAUGGGUUUGAUUUUCCAAUUGAUGGAAUGGAAUGAAUUUUUGCAACACGAUAGAAGUGAUAGCGAUAGUACUAUUAAUAACACCACUAAUGAAGAAGAAGAGGAAUGUCUGCAAUACGAUGUUUCUGCAAAAUCCCAAAGCUUUAAUGCAUCACUAAAUGGACACUCCACAUCGCCAAAUAAUAGCUCUGGUUCAUCUGAACUAACGCCAAAGACACCAGGAGAUUAUUUCAAAUCAACAGCAAAAUUAGUACCUAAUGUACCAACAUUAACACUCUCGAUGACUUCAGGAUCUACCUUGUCGGAUCAAAACAUUUCUAAAGAUGACAUCAAAGACCCUUUGGCGUACGUAGACACUGGUAAUUAUUCGACAUUGUUAACACAUCUGUCACCAGCCUCAACUGAUAUUGUUAAUCAGUUUGAAGAAGAUGCCAGUGAUCACAUGUGGGAUUAG